AUGAAAGAGGUUACUGUAGAUUGUUUGUACGCAACGUGCAUAGUUAAUGCACCGAAUGCGUUAGACUUUACGAAAGUUUUCUCAUAUGGCGUGUUCAUGAGACGAAACAGAAAUUUCUUCGAAACAGAAAAAAAUUGCUUCAAAACAAAAAAAAUAGUACGGUUUUGGAGCAACUUUGGCGCUCCGAUUAACACGAUUUUUCGUUUUUAAGCAUGUUCCUUUUUUUUCCAAUGAACAUUAACUUUUUUUUAAUUUCAGAAGCAUUUUUUCAUCCUUCAAGUUCAAUUUGGGGAUACAGGAUAUAUUUUUGCGCCGAAAAGUCGGGUCAAUUUUCAAAUGUAAGUUUUAUUAGGAUCUUUUUAAAACUAAUUUGUGGUUCGCAAAUUUUUAUUUUUGAAUUGCGUGUGAUGGUUUAUCAAGAUUUAAGCGUAUCGGCCAUAAUACUACCGGAAAUGAUAAAAAUUCUGGUUAGGAUGAUUUUUUUAUAAAGGGUGUGACGUUUCGCAACAGUUGUUUGGCUUUUUUUAUAGUUCCGACGUUGUGGUUUCUAUUGAUCGAGUGAAUGGAUCCACAUCUUCCUCGAUUCUUAUCUUUAUUGUCCGUCGUAGUUUUCUUUUGCAGUUUCGAAUCGAUAUUCACUUUUCCUUUUUUCUAUAAUUCGCUUUGAAUCUAUCUGAAACUUUGUGUUUCGGCACCAACAAUGAUGGUAUUUUCAAGACAGCCGUUUUUACAGUUUUAGGCAAGAAUUUUGCGCUUUUUAAAGUUUAUGAGUAAAUUUUCAAAAAAUUCAUCUGAUUCUUGAUUUUAAUACUUCUCGAACCUUUCUUUAUUGAAUGAGACAUAAUUCAAUAAUUCUUUCAGGCUCUUUUGAUGACUAGCCCCACUUGGAAUGACUUGCCACCGUUAGAAAAAGGCUUCGAAGAACUGAAAGAUCGAGAUUUGAGGGUUUUCUAGAAGAAAAACGAAUAAUGAAUGCAUAAUUUUCCUUUUUCAGUUCGUUCCCAAAAAGGGACAAGUUCGACGGCUUAUCAUUUUGGAUGCGGCGAAUCUGAUGUAUGGCGGCGCAGAUGGUGCUCACAAUCAAGGUUUUUCUACAUUUUAUUCAAACUUGUAUAAAAUUUGAGCGGUCAGGCAUUUUUUAUUCAACUUUUUUCAACGGAAAGGAAAGCAACGAAGCUAUUUUUUACGUUUGGGAUCAAUAUAUUCUUUCUUGAGUUUUUAAAUUGCUUCGAGCUGUUUUCAAAUUUCUUAAGAUUCAAUAAAAAAAUAGCGUGUUUUUGUUUGAAAUUCGCUCACAAGUUCAAACUUUUUGAAUUGUCUUAAAAUUCAAAUUUUUGAUUUUCUUUAAAAAAAGCCUGUAAAUCCAGGAUUCUUCCAACUUUUUUGGUUCAAAGUAAUACCCUGCAAAGUUCGAAAAAAAUUAUCCUCUGAAUUUUUAAAUUCAGUUAUUUUUGCCCUUCUCUGAAAAGCUAUUUUAAAUUUCGCGGAAUCACUUUCAACACGGAAUAAUUCCUAAAAAGGGAGGUCAUUUUAGUUUUCGAUUGGGAAUUUCUAAAAAAUUGACUAGAACGCUCCUUGAUGUACCAGAAGAAGAAUCUGAAAGUCUCAACCUGCAAAACUUACUAUUUUUCGAGAAACAAGGGCUCCAAGCCUCAAAAUGGUCUAUUUUAACGGAUUUUGAAUUUCUUUGACGUUUUGAUGCCUUUUUUCAUAAAAUGGAUAGAUUAUCAGAUCAAGACUUUCAGAACCUUUUCUGGUACCCUAAGGAGCGUUCUGGCCUAUUUUCAGGAAAUCCCAAAGUAAAAUGACCUUCCUUGUCAGUAGAUAACGGGAUAUGUAUCUUCGCUUGGAAAAAAAAAUAAUUGUUUUGUCUGAAGGGCGUCAAGAGGGAUCACGACCGGACGUUCUCGCCUUGUUGUCCGUGAUGCGCUAUUUCGUCGUCAACGAUUUCGAAGUUAUCGCCGUUUCUUCCCACAAAUACCUCAAAGACGAAACCACCAACUUCAAGUUGGGAUUGUCGGUUGGAUUCAUUUUUUUUUUAAUAUUUGGAUUCUCAGAUAUAUAGCAGUUCCUUCGGACAAAGUGAUUGGAAAUUGAAAAAAUGGCUUUGAAAGCCUUCAAAUCCGCUUUUAUUCGCAUAAAGAUGCUUGUGGUUUUCAAGUUUUCUGAAAUUCUGGUUCAAUUUUUUGAGGCCUUACCUCAAAAAUUGAUUGAUUUAUUACGAAGAUUUACUAUUUUAUGUUUCUAGAUAUUAUCGUUGUCUCUGACUUUCUAAUGAUUUUCGAAAAGUUCGAUUUAAACGUUAAAAUGGGAAAAAGUUACAUUGAGUCGAACUUUUUGAAAAAAAUAAUUCGAAUCAAUGAUGUGUAUUUUUAUGAAACUUAAUCUGCUCCGAAUAAAAUUUCCUGUUUGCUUUUUUUAAAAUUUUGAGCAGAUGACCAGUAAUCAAAAUAAAAGGGAUUAUUUUCACUUUAUUAAGUUAUUUCAAAUUAUUCCGAUUUUUUUCCUAAGGAUGAAUACCGAUUCCAGGAACUGAAAGAAGAAGGUUUAUUCCGAACCGUUCCCGCAAUGAAUUUGGACGACGUCAUGGGGCUCGUCAUAGCCGAUUGGACCAAUGGAAUCGUCAUUUCCGCUGAUAAAUAUAGGUAUUUCCAAAGAAUGAACUUUGUGAAAGUUGUAAAAUAGAAGAUUUUUUUCAAAAAAAGUUUCAAAAAAAUUAAUUUUUCAGCCAAUUUUUUUUUUGUUUUUUUAGCGUUCAUUCUGCUAAUUUUGCUGCCGUUUUUAGCGUUAUAUCGCUUUUUUUUUUAGGAAUUUACUUUGAAAUCAUUUUUUACCUAGAUUUUCAGGACGUUUUAUCAUAAUCACUAUUGCUCAGUUUCUCAUUUAAAAAUUUUGAACUUUAAAGAAAAUCUCUUUACCUUUGUCAACUCUGCCGGAAAUUUUUAACUGAGUUUACAUUUUUAGUCGUUUUUUUCACCAUCCCAUCAUGCUUUAAAAUAAACAGAAACUCUUGGAAUUAGAAAAAAAGUGGUCGUUGUUUCAAGGUUUCCCUUUAAGAAAAAAGAAAGAUUAUAGAUUUCUAGAAGAAUUAUUGAAACAAAAGUGGAAAAGAAAUCCAAAAAAAUGUCUGGAUCUGAAAAUGAAGUUGAAAAAAAAACUAGAGAAAAUUUUUAUUGGAUUCAGUUUUAAGAAUUUGUUUAUAUAUUUCAAAAGGUUUUUUUGGCAAACCUUUUUAAUGUACGUUUCAACUACACAUCAUAAAAACUGAUAGAAAAAGUAGGACGUUCUAUUUAAGAAAUAGAAAGAAUAUAAAAAUUUUUUUUGUUUUUCAUGCAAACAAGACGCAAAACACGACUUUUUGACUUCUUUUGUUUCUUCCAAUAGGGACGUUAGGAAGCUGUUGAGUAUUCUGAAACUUGUAACUUGGAAAGUCGGCCGUUUUUUUAUAGCAAUCAUUUUUUUCUAGAAAUUUUGAACCUUUUAUAUAGUUCAAAAAUUGUUCAAACUUUGAACUUCAAAGUGUGUAGAUUUCUCGAUUGUGGUUAGUUUUCGAAUUUCGAGAAAUUAAAUAUGGCCCAAAAUAGGUUUUAUAACUUCAAAAUUGGUCAUUUUUAUGAGGAUUCACGUCCUUUCAAACCGUUACAACCUUGAUAAAGAUCGAAAGAACUUGGAAAAUUAAGCUUCAUUAAAAAAUCGAUUGACUUUUCCACAAAUUUUCCAGGGAUCAUUGCCAAGCCGGAGAAUACUAUGAGAAGGUCGUCCGUGCGCAUCUCUGCGAUAUAAAGUUCAAAGUAAUCCCGCCCCAAAACAGGAAUACCAUCUCCGUCGAUGACCGUCACUUCAUUGCCAGCAAGACUUUUAAACUGAUUCCCGGCGGAAAUGUUCCCAUUUCUAGUGGGUUUAUGUGAGGUUGAUGUAGGAAUAAUUUAAAAAACACAAAAAAGCUUGAUUUUUUCUAAGCUUUGUAAUUUUCACAGAUAGCUAGAUCUUCUACAGCGUUUGAAAAGCUAGAUUCGGAAAAAAGUGCUCAAUUCAAAAUUCUGAGAAAAUUGGAAGAUUUUAAAUUUUCGAACUGUUUCCCAGUGGAAAAAUGUCGAUUAAUCGAAGGUUUUUGGGCUUUUUCAGUAUAAAUAUGGGUUUUUUUGAGAGAUUGAUGUAGGGAGUUCGAAAAAAACUGUUGGUUAAUGAAUUUAAAAAAAGGAAAAAAAAAUUUUUUUCCUAGUUUUUAGGAAAUUUUUCUAAAUUGUAAGCUUUUUUUCAAAAGUACCUUUUUCGUUUAAGAUUUUUUUAUUUUACAAAAAGGUUUUUUUGGAAUAUUGUAGCAACCUUUUUUUGUGAAGAAAAAUGAAGCAAAACGAAAGGUUUUUUUGUUCUUGAAUUUUUAAGACUUUUCAAAUGUUAUUUUUUUCUCGGGUUUUAUGUUUGACAAAUUAUCACUGAAAAAAAUUGAGAAAUCUUUUUCGAAAACAUUGAGACAUCUUUUUUUCACUCUCCAACGGCUUUUUUUUUGAAUUUUUCGGAAUCACGUGGAGUUAGCUUUGAUUAAAACAUAUAUAAACUCUCAUUACUUGCUUCGAAUAAAAAUAAAAUACUGCAGAAUUCUUCUUUUGCGAUGAAAGCGAAACAAGAUAUGAACUGAGUGUCGAACGGAGAAGGAAAGGCUGGUCGUCGCAAAGAAGAGAAAAGGUUCGAUCCCCAAGAAAAACGGAUGAAAAAUAAAGAUUCUGAAGGUCCUGAAGCUCCUCAACGACCUGAUCAGCAGCGGAGUGAUGCUCUCCCAAGGACUUGUCGAAUGA